AUGACCGAUCCUUCUCCCAACACGCACACUGCGACCUCCGUCCAGACAACUGCUGGGUCUGCGCCUUCAACCUCUGCGCAUCUACAAGAUUCUGCACAUGCGCCUGGUGAUGAGGUUGAAGACUACAUUAUAAAGUGCAUCUGCGGCUUUCGAGAGGAUGAUGGGAACACCGUGUACUGUGACCUGUGUGACACUUGGCAGCAUACUGAAUGUUACUAUUACGAUAAGCACGGUAAUGUGCCCACAAAAGAGGAACUCGAAGUCAUCGAUCACUUUUGCGCAGAAUGCCAACCGAGAUCGCUCAAUGCAAAAGGUGCCAUCGAGCGACAGCGGAUCCGGCGAAAAGAACUCGACCCAGGCGAUCGAAAAGUCAAGAAAAACGCAGCAAAGAGCCACAAGAAGAAGAUUAGAGGGCCGGAAUCCAAUGGGCUCCUUAUCAAUGGAUGGGAUCAUAACGACCAAGACUUUUUCGACGACAACACGAACCAGAGUCCGCGCGAUCCACACCUGCCUGCCAAAAGGCCCAAGACCAACCAUCGGCCUUCGCAUUCCAUGCAGCUCCCGGUCCUGUCGCAAAACCCCAAUUCACAUCUUCACAAGCGGUCCGGGUCGACCGUCCACAGUCCGUCCAAGGUCCACGGCAAACACUCGCCGACCGAUUACGCAAGGGAACCGUAUAGUGACGAAUUCCUGAGCCUUUACGACAAUGAUCCUGGGGAUACACCGAUGCAAACAAAUCUUCUCAAUGACAUCAGCAUCACGCGAGACUUGUCCCAUUGGUCUCGCGAUGUUGAGCUACUUAGGGAAGCGACAAAUGGAUUAACGCCUCAAGAUGUCUUCAUUCGCUGCGAGCAGCCACUGGACUCGAUACCUCUACCUGAUCUUAAUAAGGAAUACAGGGAGGAAGAGAGCGCAGUAGCUGGUGGCCGACGGCCCCGAUGGACUUAUCUCACCAUAGAUUCCUUCCAGCCAAAAGACUCCAUAGUUGGUGAACUCCGCGGCAAGAUUGGCCAUAUGCAGCAUUACAUCCAAGAUCCAAACAAUCGAUGGGAAUACCUACGUCAUCCCGCUCCAUUCGUCUUCUUUCAUCCAAGACUUCCCAUCUAUAUAGACACGCGCUCCGAGGGCACUAUCUGUCGCUAUCUACGGAGAAGUUGUGAUCCUAACUUGAGUAUGAGGACAUUCUUGGAGAACGGUUGUGACUACCACUUCUGCUUUGUCGCCAAGAAAGAUCUAGAUGCUGGGACGGAAUUGACUAUAGGAUGGGUCUUGGACGAGCAUAUUCGAAGCUUCUUCCAUCACCGCAAUCAAGACGAAGUGAAGAUGGAAGGCGACGUUAACGCUGAAGAGGACUAUGUUACCGAUUGGACGGCCAAAGUAUUGGGGGAGUUUGGUGGCUGUGCAUGCGAUUCCUCCAAGUGUGCUUUCGACCGCUACGACCAGCGGAGUACAAGCAUCGCGAAAGGAAGGGACGGACAUAACCAUAAGCAACUGCAAGGAAAUAACGGUUAUGGAGCGAAUAGCAGAGCCAGUAGCGAGCAGGACGACGGACGAUCCUCAUCUGGGUCUCAUUCUCCAAGUCAGGACAUGACACCCACCCGCAACGCCUCCGGCGACAUAGGUUUUGGUGUAGAGAUUUCCGAUCGGGAAAAAAGGAAGAUUGCUGCACUAGAGAAAAACUUUGAGCAGCUUGAGAACGAUAAGCAUCAGCCCGCUCACAAGAAGAAAAAAAGGAACAGUGGCGGGUCAAAUGUUAAUACACCCUCUGCUGGCGCAUCUAAGCAGCUCGGUCACAUCGCUACAUCCUUUUCUCAUCCAAAUACUCCUAGCUUGUCCACGAAACCUCAGUACGCAGAUGCAAGUACUCCGCGCAGGAAAUCCGGAUCUCCAACAACCAAAUCCUCCAAUGCACAUGCCAGGCCAAGAACUGGUGCUGCUACCCAUGUCAAGAAGCGAUCAUCUCAGCCCAACACACCCUCGAUACUGUCUCCACUCAUUCGCCCGAACUAUGUCAGCACUGCCAUGCAGACUGAUCGCGAUGAUGAAGAUGACUGGUACAAGCCGCUGGGCGCUCCUUUCAUCGCAAAGAAACCCUACAUGUCUUUGACGAAGCGCCUUCUGCUCCGCUCUCAGAGAGAUCGGGGAAAGCUCGAAGAGCGUCGGAGGGCCUCAACAAAUGAUCCAACUCGCAUAGAGGCGAACGGGGACUGCGGAGAACUCGUUCCUCCGCAGUUACAUGAGGAUACCGAGAUGCAAGACGCAGGUUCUGGACAGCUAUCUUUGUCGGUGCAUGCGUCCACGGACUCUUUAUUGUACACCCCUUCAAACACUGCAGAGCUCAAGCCUCCUCCGCCUUGGCCUUCGAAUGGGUUGCAGGCAGCAGCCGAGCAGUCUCGGCCUAUCAAUGGUUUUCGUACAAUUGACCUCCGAGUGCAGCUGCCCUCAAAGCCAUCCGUGCCCACAGACUCUGCCUCAAAUACUCCUCUCGUUGAAACUCCUACCUCUGCUGCACCCCAGUCGCCAUUUGUUCAAAACUCGGUAUCUUACCCUUCACUUUUUUCUAGUCCUUCCUCCAACCUCGUGCAGCCAAGUCCGAUCAAGAAGAAGGUCAGUCUGGGCGAGUACUUGACUCGACGGAAGGGAUCCCAACCCGCAACAGAGAUGCCAGCAAGCAGCAGCCCGACCAUGCAGCACGGGACGCUCAAGCACCUGGGAAGCAUGACUGGCGAGCCAAAAGAUGGUGCAAUGCACGGCAGCGCUAUUGUGGAAACGCCGAAGGAGGAACAUGAUCCGUUGGCGGCAGAAGAGAGCAAAGAUCUAAGUCUUUGA